CUUGUCAAAAAUCAAAACACGAUUUUUACGUAAACAUUCUGGUCAGCCAUUCAUCUCUGUUCGUCUGUAAUGAGUAAAAUCGAGUAAAAAUAGUGGUAUUUUUCAUUGAAUCCUGUGCAAAAGCGGAGCAAAAUGUUCCGUUUGGUGGCCGCAAACAGCGAAUCGUUGAUUCGUAGCUUCUCGUCGCUCAACAUUACGCGAACGCUAGCGAACUCGAGUGGUGGCACUCCGAUUGCCGCAUGCUUCCACAAUCAUCAUCAUCGUGCGGGAGAAUCGUCAUCGUCUGCUACUGGCCGGCAACUUCUGCAACCUUCCCUUCCGACGUUACAUAAUUCCAGAGGAACCAGCUUCUUUAACAAGUUACCAGCGCAGGAGAUUUGGAAGGGAAUCAUUUCGGUCAGUAAUGCGGGAAAGAAGCGAGGACGUGGUAAAGGAUCCGGACGGAUUACUCCGAAAGAUUUGAACAAAGGACAGGUGAUUGGGUUCGGCAAAGCCAAUAUUGUCUGGCCCGGAUUGUCGGCACCGAUUAUUCGGGGGCGCGAGUUGGUUCAGCAGCAACAGCUUCCGGAGGACAAGGAACGAGAGGCAAAGCUGAAGAAGAUUCGCGAUGAGAUGGUAAAUUUUAAGCGAAUGAAGCUGAGUCCUCUGGAACGUGGUUGGUCGGGUUCGAAAAUGCCAGGGCGAAGCAUAGGACCACCGGAUGCCAUUGGAGAAGACCAGUUCGAAGGAUUUGACACAAAGUGUCUGGAGCUGAAGACCGUUGUCAAUAUGAAAGGUAAUCUUGGUAGGAAAAGGCGCGUGUCCGCUAUGGCCGUAACGGGGAAUAGCCAUGGGCUGGCAGGUUUCGGAUUCGGUAAGGCCAUCGAUAUAAAGGCAGCUUUACGCCAGGCGAAGAAUCGGGCCGGCCAGAAACUGAUGUAUUUCGAUCUGUGCAAUGGUCAUACCGUAUUCCACGACUUUUACUGCGCAUUUGGUGCGACUAAAAUCUUCGUCGAACGAAAACCGGAAGGCUACGGCUUGAAGUGCCAUCGUGCCAUCAAAUCCGUCUGCGAAGUUCUUGGAAUUAAGGAUCUUCGAGCGAAGUGCGAGGGCUCAACCAACGUUCAGCAUGUGGUUAAGGCGUUCUUCAUCGGACUGCUUCAGCAGAAGAAUCAUCAGCAAAUUGCCGAAUCGAAAGGUUUACACGUUGUGGAAUUCCGUCCGGAAAAUGGAAACUUCCCGAAGGUGGUUGCAAGUCCGACUGCAUGCCGGACCGAAGAAGAGCUGGAGAGCAACGAAAUUCUUGACUACACGCAGUUUUGCAUGGAUGGCAAGAUUCAGCUUAAGAGAAAGAAGUUCCCGCCAUUCUACACCAAGUACCGCUCGUAUGAUAUUUAUAUGAAAAAGCGCGAAUAUCUGCGGAAUCAGGACAAGGUUCGGCUGAGAUUGCUGGCAGAAUCGGGUGAGGUCCGCAGUUACCUGACCGAAAAGUACCCAGAGUGUAAAAUGGGCCCGGUGCCGAAGGAGGAAUAAAACUUGUAAUAACAAAACUGCUAAAAAAUAAACCUAGUGUAUCUAAAAUAUA